ACAAUUCAAAUUUCCAGAAUUACAAUACAGAACUCACGUACAACAAGAUAUCUGCCUUCUAGUUAUGUCAGGUAAUGUAACCGGAUAUUGAUAAGCUAACUUUUCAAAUAUGUGCGGUUUGCCGGUGCCGGAGGUAUUUUAAUAGGUGAUGUAAUGCGGUUCUAGUCAAGAAACAGUGACGAAAGUUGUAAUUGAAUUACAACUUGCCAGUAGUUUCUAAAAAUAAACUACAACUUAUUUAGAUAAGCAGGUGCAUCAUACCCAUGUACUGAAUUGCAUGAAAUGCACCGAAUACCUGUAGAAACAAGAAAAACUUGACAGCGAUAAUUUUAGAUUAGAUACGUCAGGUGUCUAAUACUGUUUCAGAAUUUGGACGUAUUACUUUUAACUUAUUCGUGGGUAUAUAUUUAGCGAAAAAGCAUUAUUUUCAAAUAUUUCCUUCAGUGCAAAAUAAAGCAUUUUUAGUAUUUUAAUCGAAAUCGGCACAAUAGCGCCGCACACUUGUCAACAGUAUUCACGCAGUAAGUAUAUUAUGUUAUUUUAUCAUACACCAAUGUUUGGCAGUUACUUCCAUUUUUCCAAGCAUUUAAAUAUGAAACACUGAAAAGCAAAAUUGUCUAUGUGUUUUGAACAAUAUUUCUAAUAAACAAGAUUCUUUGAGUCACAUUACAUGUCAAUGGCAACCAGUGUCGCCAUAUGCCGAAAAUUACUAUUUCGUGACUUAGCAGAAAACUGAUAGAUCAAUUGAAUGAACCUUUUAGCGAGAGUUGUCAAUCAAGGUAUGUUUUUGCCAAAUGUUCUUUCUUGAUAUACAUGUAAGAGUGAUUUAAAUCAUAUAAGAAUAAAGUAUACUUUUUCUGGCACUAGAAAUUCAUUAAAGUCAAUGAACAUUAUCAAUACCUUCCAAAAAUUUCAUCACAAUAUUUUAGAAAAAACGACAUUGUUGUCCACCGCUUAGUUUUUUUUUUAUGAGUUGUGCUAACAUCACUAACUAACAAAAUAAUAAUGGUAAUUCAAUGUGUCGUCUGCUUGAAUUGGUGAAAAGCAGACAAAAGAUAAUUUACCCUUUUCAGUUUCCAGCAAAAGUAAUACUUUUAACGUAUUGUUAAAGGGGAAAUGACUGUUUGGGAGAUUUGGCUUUGCUUUAUUACAAUGCAUAUAUUCUUUAUGCGAACUUUGUAGUUGAUCGUGUCUUGACGAAGCCGUUAUGUGCGUACCUUGCAUUUAACAAUGUGUGAAGACGCAAGUUAGUUUCUCAGGAAGUCGUGCGACGUCUCGCAUUAGACAUCGAUUUUUUGCUGGCAACUUCAGUGAACGCGACGAUCAAUGAAAAUAUUGUGUUUUGGAAUGAUUGAUACCAGAGGUAUAAUAGUGAUAAUUACUGGUAAAUAUUUUGUAUGAUAAAACGGAAUGAGCGUGGUCAUUAUAAAUGUGGCUUACCCGGAAGCGGGUUCUCUUUUGAAAGUAUAAUAAUACAGGGUGUACUAGGGGGAUGUGUACUGAACUACAAGUCUUUUCUCCUUGUUCAAUAAUACAUAUUUGUAGAUAUUAAUUAUUUGAUUCGAUUUCUAAGCUUUGUAUAAGAAAUGGCUACAAAAUUUUAAGAUGAGUGGGAAUAAAACAGGUGAUUAUUUGCAAAACACCACGUCAACGGUGAAUUUAAUUCGAAGAAAUGUGACGGGAUAUAUUCCACCGACAGCUAGCUAUUUUGAAUGGGUCUUUUGUUACGUUAUGACUGCUAUAUUUCUCGCGUUUACUCUUUAUUUGCUGAUUGCCCUUGGAGUUUAUUGGAUAAAAGAGAAAAAUAAGCAAAAGGGCAAAGCCACUAAUAAUGAAACUGAACGGAAAUCUGGGGGAACAAAAUUCAUUGACAGAAUGUUAGUUCUUUGCAUCAUAUCUAGUAUUUUACGACUUAUCCUUGACUUUUGGAUAGAGAUUUCCUGCAGCGUAUCAAUGAGCAUGAACAUCGGGCUUGCGGCCUUAUGCCUCGCUCUCGUAUACUUGAUACUAUGGAGAAGACAAAGGCUCCUGUACAGACACAAGGUUAUGCUCGUUUUAGCAUCGCCAUUAAUCAAUGUUUUAAGUUGGCUGACACUGGGUUUAAUGAUUAUAGCGAUUAUUUUGAAUUUUGUCUUCUUCAUCUUUCUCGGGAUUGACUACAAUGAAACUAGCAGCUACACAUGCGAAUUUGGAGAAUCAAAUGAUUGGGCAAUCGUAAAAUGGUCUGUCCUUGCUACCUCGACUGUAACAUUUCAGUCAAUACUAGUCGGAUUAUUUGUUUACCCUUUGUGCAACCACGAAAAGAAAAUGCAAGAAUCGAACCUUCAUCGGACUUCAGCCUCUUUGAAACCACUUUUUCGAAGAAUUUUGAUCACAGCGCUGGUAUGCAUGCUGAGCGAUAUUGUUAUGGCAACCGUGGCGUCGCUGGUUGAGAGGCCAACUGGUGAAAUUUAUAGUUUAGUUUACACUAUCGAUAUAAAUGUAAACAUAGUUUCAAUUAUCUGCUCAUUUUCUGAUUGGAAGCAAAGGUUGAUGCCAUUUUGCAAAGACUCUGUCGAUCCCAAAACAGUUAUCGUGUGAUCUAAAUUCCAUAUCUCUCCUUUUUUCUAAGAUUUGUAAUAUAUAUUACGUUUAAACAAUUGACACCCAUUUUUGACAAAGUAUAAUUGUUGA